AUGUGUUACUGUUUCCAUGUUUCAGGUGAUAAAGGUGUUUUAGUGCAUUGUAUAUCUGGCUGGGACCGGACACCAAUGUUUGUUUCAUUGUUAAGACUUUCUCUAUGGGCUGAUGGUGCAAUACAUAAAUCUUUGACAGCCACAGAGAUUGUAUAUCUUACAUUAGCUUAUGACUGGUACUUAUUUGGGCACAAUCUUUCAGACAGAUUAAAUAAAGGAGAGGAGAUAUUAUUUUUCUGUUUCUAUUUCUUGUCUCAUAUUACAUCAGAAGAUUACUCUAUUGAUAACAAAAGGUCUUCCAAAGUACAUAGCUCUUUAUCAGACACAAAUGGGGUCAUUAAAGCACCAGAAACAUAUUCAAGUGGCCUAAGAAGACAUUUAAAUAACAGUACAAGUAGUCUAGGCAGCGUGGGAGGGUGUCCGAGGAAGUUGAGCUCCAGUAGCACCAGCAGUAACGGUGCUGGCGUAGUAGAUUCAAACCAUCCACUGUUCUACAUCAAUGGUGAAGAUGAAGUAGUUGUUUCAAAUGGCAACCAUGGUGAUGUAUUGAGCCAGUCAGAAGGAGGCUAUCCUAGUGCCAGUGGUUCUCGGCUUCAGACGGGUUUGUCAUGUAAUAGAUCAUCUAGUCCUAUAACAAUGCAGUCAAACAGGGGUAGACAACCUAGUAUAUCAGAAUCACCAACUUGCGGAAGUUGGCAGGUAAUAUCUGGUACCGGAAGUCCUAUAUCCACAGAAUGUCAGGCUACAACAUCGCAGGGAUCCAGUAGAAUAGGAUCAUGUGAGGAAGCAACAGAAACUCAGGUGUCAGAGAGGUGGGGUAAACUGGACGCUGUGAGACGUAUAUUUAACAAUGCAUAUCAUCACAAAAUAACUACAAAAUUUAAACCUGAUACAGGACUUAUGAACCAAAUAUCAGAAAAGUUUGGUUUUAAACAAGUGAAAGGGUACUUUUGAAUUGUUUUGUUUUGUGAAAACCUGUGAUUUUAAAACCAUAGACGGGAGAAUGUGGAUUACAGCAUGUUCUUGCCCCCACUUUAUUUUCUAUUGGCAGGGAAAGAAAAAUUAAGGCAUUUAUAUAAUAGCCUUUAAAUAGGCAAUAUAGGUACACACAGGGAAAGAAAUUAAGGCAUUUAUAAAAUAGCCUUUAAAUGGGCAAUAUAGGUACACACAGGGAAAAAAAUUAAGGCAUUUAUAAAAUAGCCUUUAAAUGGGCAAUAUAGGUACACAC